AUGGACCCCUCGAAGCGAAACGCAGCAGCUCUGCACCAGCGCAUCGACGAACUAUGCGACGCGCUGGUGAGCCAAUACUCCUCCAUCUUCGCGGCCGCGGCGAAGAGGCCGGAUAAGAGCGCUGGGGAGAUUGCGAUGAAUGAGUUGCGGAUCCGGGAGGAGAGCGGGGCGUUGAUACGCUCGUCGCAGGAAAUGGCAACGCUGGUGCGGGAUUUACAGGAACUGUGGCUGUUUGGAGGGUUGGACACGGUGGCGAAUCCGGCGGAUGAGGAGGCGAGGAGGGAGCGGGUGAGGAGCGUUGCGGCACAGAUUGAGGGGCUGGUGAAGAGGGGGUUUGGUGCGGAGGGGAGAGAUGAGGGGACUGUAGAUGCAACAGAGGGUGAAUCGGCAUCUUAA